AUGGGUGGCAAUACUAGCAAAUGUUUGAUAACAUUGGACCGGCCGGGAGUGGCCUACAGGCCUAACGACAUUAUUAGCGGUCAAUGUGUACUACAAACGGAAAAACCGGUACCACUUAGUCAACUGUCCGUUUCGUUGCGGGGCGAAGCCCGAUGCCAGUGGACAGAGCAGCAACAAGUUCACGGUAGAGAUGCUCAGGGUCGGCCUCAUAAUCGGUCGGAAACUGUACAUUAUAGGUCAGAUCAUCCGUGUGUCAAACUCAAGUACUAUCCCGGGAAUGUCUAUCCAUCGACACUAAGCCCGGGUCAGCACAAUAUUGGUUUUAAUUUUCAACUGCCGUCCGGUGGCCUGCCGUCAACAUUUGAAGGACAGUACGGUCAUAUCAGGUACUGGAUUGAGGCUCAUCUACAUAAGCCGGGCGUGUUUAACAUUGACGACAGGGCACGGGUGCCCAUAAUUGUCAACUCGCCAGCCCUGUCAUCCAUACAGGAGCUAUCGCAACGGGUGUUCAACAGUAACAGCAAAACUGUUGGCCUAAUCAAUGGCCAACCAUUGGUAUUACGCUGUGAACUGCCGUCUAUGGGACACAAUGUCGGCUCGGAGAUACCUGUCCAGUGUUUCAUUGAUAACGGUAGCGAUAAACCGAUGAUUUUGAGAGCAGCCCUGAAACAGGAGUCGACUUUCUAUGCCCGGGGAUGUCAACGGAAAACCAGUGUAAAGAUUGCCCGUUAUAUCGGUCCGAAUGUCGGUCCACGUGAGAAAACUAGCCAACUAUUGCCAUUGAUUAUACCGUUGACGGCACCGGUAGUCCAGAAUACUUGUCCAAUCAUUCAUCUAAACUAUACAGUAGUGGUUACACUUGAAAUUCCCGGUUCGUUUGACUUGCACUGUGAACUACCGGUUAUACUGACCCAUGAUAUUCGUAUAUUUGCAUAUACACACCAAAUGGGCAAUACUAUUACCAAAUGUAUUAUCAAUUUGGAUCGGCCGGGUGUGGCCUUCCGACCCAACGAUCUAAUCAGCGGCUACUGUCUGAUCGAAACCAAUCAGCCAAUACUGGUCAGCCAGUUAUCGAUUAAGUUGAAAGGUCAGGCCGAAUGUCAAUGGUCAGAGUCUCAAACUCAACUAACCUCCCGAAACAAAUCAGAUAUACAGCACCGGAUGUAUCUGUCGUGUGUCGACCUCAAUGGCCUGCCGUCGACAUUCAAAGGCCAAUACGGUUACAUUAGGUACUGGAUUGAGGCUAAUCUACGCAAUCCCGAUGGCCUGGACAACAAUCCAUGGAUACCCGUACACAUUAUGUCGCCGGCACUGGUAUCCAUACAGGAGCUAACACAAAGAAGUUUCGAUAGCCAACGUCGGACAGUCAGGUCGGCUAAAGGCCAGUACUCAGUAGUUUGUAUACAAUGCGAAAUCGGUCGUAUGGGUCAUAAUGCCGGCGAAAAUAUACCCGUCCUAUGCUAUGUUGAUAACCCGUCGGAUAAAAUAUUGUCAUUAAGAGCUGAAUUGAGACAGGAGUCGACAUUUUUGAGUGCCGGCGGUCGACACGACUGGUCGGAGACACUGAACGAAACAAUACCCAUAACUAUCCGGUCGUAUACAACUGGUAGGACUUACGAUAUACAGGUAGCCAUCCCAGUGCUGGCAUCGGUAGUCCAAAAUUCGUGUCCGAUUAUUCAAGUGAAAUAUCAUGUACGGGUCCAGUUGGCCAUUCCCGGCUUAUGGAUGGACUUGUUUUGUAAGCUACCGGUUAUAGUUACACGCGAUCAGUGUCAGUUGGCACCACCACCACCGCCACCGCCACCGCUACUACCACUACCACCACUGCAUACCGUUCCUGUUAAUGUUGAUAAUGAUGAUGUGGAUAACAAUUGUGCUGUUAUUGUAAAGGCCAGACCUAAUUCAUCAUCAUUAGUAUAA